AUGACCAACGCACCGAAUCGAUUCGACCUCUUCAUCCUCGGUCCCGACGAGAAGCGAGUCGAGAUCGUCGAAGACACCAAGAUCCCCAACGCAGCCACAUUUUGGUUCAACAAGGAAGACCACACGCUCGGAAACAUGCUUCGACACGCCGUACUCGCCAAUCCCGCCGUCCUGUUCUGUGGCUACAAAGUGCCACAUCCUCUAGAACCAAAGGUGUUUGUCAAGAUCCAAACGGAUGGUUCAUUAACACCCACCGACGCGCUCAAGCAAGGCUCGCAGAAGCUCAUCGCGCAGAUCAGUUCGUUGAAAGGAGCAUGGCGUACCGAGGUGCAGAUGAGCGGUGCGGGCACCGUCGAUGUAGGCGCUUUCGGAAGACAGGAUCCCUUUGAAGGUCAAGCGUAUUCCGGCGAAGGCGCUAGUGGAUAUGUAGAUAUCUAA